ACAACUUCCUGUUUAGAAACACACGUGUGGUGUCAGUGAAGCCAGGGGAAGAGUAGUUGUGCAGGGAAUGCUACAGAGAAUAUCAUUAUUUUAUGAUACGUAAAGGAUAGAACAGAACAAUGUCGAAGAAACGCCAGAUUAAAGAUAAAGGUGUCCCUCAAACGCCGGCCAAGGUGGCCAAAAAGGAUCCCCUGGAAUUUAAUGGUACAGUUUUUAAAACCAUGCUGAAGGAUCCUACAACAGUAAAGAAAGGCUUGGACACUUUCAUAAAAGCUGCCCAGAAGUUACCGUGUGCAGACAUCUUUGAUGUUGUUGAAGGCUACAUCCGAAUUUCCGCCGAGUGCACCGAAAUCCUGAAAUUGUUAGAGGAAGAAAAUAAAGUUGAACACAAAAUGGUGCUGGUGCUGCAGAGCCUGGAGGUCAUCCUCCUGCGGAUAGCGAGUGAUCUCUCCCACUUCAGCAUAGUGGGCUCCACUAUUGUCAGAAAGAUUGCGUCUACUCAUAUGAAACUACUGCAGACAUUCUUGCAUUCAGAGAACUCACGGUUUGUCCGCCAGUGUCUCACCUUCAUGGCUGCUAUGGUGUCACAGGGUCCCGAGUCAGCAAGAGAGGUCUUCAGCCAGUUACAUUUUGGUAAAGCUUUGUCUGGACUGGCACAAAGAAGAGACAAGACGGGACGACCUGACGUUCGCAUGGUGUACAUACAGUUUUCAAUUUCCUUUCUGCUCUCAGGAGAUAAUUCUACCAUUGGACAGCUGCUUGAAACAAAAGACUUUCUUGCGAACAUUCUAAGCUCUGGCAUCAAAGAAGAUCGGAUUUCUCUCGUGAAUUUGAUUUUAGCCACUCUGCAGUCAAAGGUGGUGCAAAACAAGGCCAUCAGUAAAACCCAGAAAGUGCGCUUCUUCACUCCCGCCGUCCUAUCUAACAUUGCCUCUCUUUACCGAUGGAAUGGAAUAGUGGACUCAGAAAUUGAUGGCCAUGAGUCCAGAACUCCUGAGGAGGCAGGGAAGAUUGUUGUCCGGGAGCAAGUUCACAGCUUCCUGCUGGACCUGUGCUGCUCACGCAAACACGGACUCAGUUUCCAUGACCAAAGCCUUGGAACAGUUGGACGGGCAGGGAAUAUAGUGCUGCUGCAGUUCCUGGUGGGGCUGAAGGACUCCACCAAGGACGAUCUGAUCUCGGAGCUGGUGGUGAGCAUCCUGAAGAGCAGCCCUGAUGUGUUGGCCCGCUACCUGAAAGAGAGUGUGCACUCCUACAUACCCCGCCCUAAGAGUGCGUGGCAAGACAACAUCAGCCUUCUCAAGAAGAUCUAUGAGGCACAGCCAGAGGUGUCGAAAGCCUUCCAAACACGAGAGUUCAUUCCACUUCCUCGUCUGCUCACCAUGGUGAUGGUGACAUCGCUCCCCACCGUCUGCAAUAAAGCCUUCUUCACUCAGGGCCUGAAUUGUAAAAACACAGUGGUUCAGCACACUGCCCUCUCUAUGGCAUCCUUCAUCCUGAAGAGGGCUCUCAAAAAUGUCGAGCACUGUCUGGAUAAGAGCGUGUGGCAGUGCUCAGACAUAUACACCCCUGCCAUCAUGGAGGACUUUGUGCAGCUCUACAGGGAAGCUCUGAGCAAGGUACUACCAGAUAUGACGAGCGUUGUGUACCAGUGGCAGUUAUUGACAAAAAAGGAAAAGGGUGCGGGAGACGGUGGAAAAGUGAAAGAAGAAGAGAAGAAAAAAGAAGAAUCAGAGGAAAUGUUGACAGAAAGCCAUGGUGGAGAUGAGACACAGGUCAUCCUGCUGAAGGCGGUUAUCCUCCAGGUCAUGUGUCUGUACCAGAGGGUGGUGCCCCACCUGGUCAGCCAGAGCCGCUUUGACUUCAGUAAACUCCUGAAAGGUAUUGUCACAGAAAAGGGCAUGAAGGAAGAGGUUCCUCCUAUCCUGCAGUACCAGAUCCUGCAGCUGGCUUUAGAACUUCCUGCCAGCAAGUUCUCCUGGUUCCGUGUUCAGGACACAUCAGAUUCAGAGUCUGCUGGUGGGGAGAAGUCUGUCUUUUAUUUGCUUCUGAAGAUGUUUGCAAGUAGCAACACCAGCCACCUCAAGACCUCCACCAGAAUGCUCGUCCUCAAAGUUCUGAAGGACAGUGGUGUGUUUGAGCACACUUGGAGAGAGCUGGAUUUGUGGCUGGAUCACCUGGCCUGUCUGGAGCCCUCAGACCAAGAACCAAUCAUCCAGUUCCUGGAUAGGGUGUUGGUGAAACUGCUGUGUAACCCACACAAAUACACUGAUAAAGCAGCCGGCCUGGUGCAGGAGGCUGCCUACCUGCAGGCCAGCCUGAGUGGCCAGGAUGGAGAUGCCGUCAGCAUCCCCAUCUCUCAUAUAGACGAUGUCCUGGACAUGGUUGAUGUCAUCAUGGAGGGCAGUGAGGGUGAGAUCGAGCAGCUGGGGCCAGCGCUUACUGAUGAUCUCAUCAUGCAGAGCUUCCCUUUCAGCGCUAUAGUGCCGGCUGUUCUCGAGGCUCGGAAUGACCUCCCUGCAACAUCCAAAGAGGAAAAAGGUGUGCUGUAUGAGUACCUGUCAGCGGUGCUCUGUGACGUCCUCCACUGGCAGAGAGACCCCCUGCCCCUCUGUCUGACCCUGCAGCAGUAUGACAAAGAGCUGCAUUCAUCCGCUGAGGCCAAAGGACCCCCUCAUCCCUCUGUUGUGGAGCUCCAUCAUUAUUACUCUAAAUGGCUGCCACAAUCAUCUCAGGAAACACUGUUCAUGUCCUCCGAAACGGACAGUGGUGCUCCAUCCCCUGCUGGCUUCUCUGCUGUGAUGAGGGCUGCCUACAGUCAGGGACCCACUGCGCUGCUCCAGGACACCCUCAGGCAGAGUGCAGAGGAGUCUCUGUCCUCCCUGGAGCUCUUGCGCUUCCCUAACACCGUCUGUCAGCUCCUGCUCUACAUCAGGUCCACCGUGGAGUCCCUCAGCUCGCUUCCGAAAGGCACAGGCGUGUCUGUGGUGGAGAGACUGAUGGAGGUGCUGAAGGCUGUGGUGCUGAAACUGCAGAGCUUCGAGACGGUGGAGCCGAAAGCCAUGGAGGGUCAGGAGGGGGAAGACCUCUUCCUGGAGGUCGGCGCGGGAGGAAAGGACAAUAAAGAUGAGGUGUGCCUGACUGUGCUGAAGUCCAUCUUUAAGCACCCGUGUCUGGAGCAGUGGUUCUUUGCCCUGGAGCUGGGCACCCUGCCUGCCCACUCCCUCAACCCUGUGCAGCUGAAGCGCCUGUGCGCCCAGUUCAGCGGUGGCAUUCUCUCUCUGCUCCAGGCCACAAUUGGCACCCUGAGCCAGCUGGGCGCACUGGACCUCAUCGGAGGGUACCUUUCAGCUGUUCAGCGGGCACUGCUAAAGGAGCUGGAGGAGGUGGCGGAGAAGCCUGAUGCCAAGUGCCAUGCCGAGGAGUCCUUGGCACUGAAAGCCCUGUUGGCAUUACACAAACACAUGGAGGUGGCAGGGCUGAAAGAGGUCGUCUCCGCUCUGCUGCUUUUGCCCAAGGAGAGCCUGGUUGUGGCAACCGUUGCCACGGGCAAUGGCGAUUGUGACGUCAUAAAGGAAGAGUCUCGGUCACAGCUGAGCGUGUACGGAGCCGUGGCGCUGCAGGUGCUGACGGAAAGCCUCUCGCAGGACGGCGCCCUCUACCUGUCACGGGCACACCUCUGCGGUCUGGCCACGCUGCUCACGUCCUGCCGUAGCGCCGCCCUGGAGGACUUCUUCCUCCAGGCCCUGACCUCCGACCCUGGCAGUGGCAAGCUGGUGCAGACGGACGUGCUGCUGUACUGUGCCCAGACAGGUGGAGGCGCUGACAGCAGCUCCACGCAGGCUGUGGGCUCGCUGCUGCUCCAGAACUGCUCCACCCACAGGCUGCGCUUUGAGCUGUGGUGCUUGGAGACUGAAGGCCUAUGGGAGGAGGCUCCUCAUAGCCAGGCGGUUCUCACCUUGCUGUCUUCGUAUCUGAAGGUGGCUGCCAGAGAAGACCCUGCCAGACCCUUUGAAGUGCGCACAGCAGUGCUCACAGCUCUGAAGAAGACUCUGCUGGGCCCCCUGUGGAGCGCCAUGCUGGGGGCUGAGGAGGGUGAGACGCUGGGCCUGCUCGUGGAGGUCCUCUCCAAUCUCAUCAAACUGGCAGCCGAAGCCAGUGAUGUCCUCUCACUGAUGCCAGACCUCAUCGCCAUCCUCCAGAAACCACAGAGCUAUGCGAGGUGGCAGCUAGCAGAUGCUAUUAGCACUAAGCUGGAGGAUAGUUCUGAGCUGCUGGAGUCCUGGAGGAAGUCCCAGCUCAGUGCUGCCCUCCGGUGGCUGGUUGCUUCAUACAGCAGCUGCAAAGAGAAGGAGAGUGCACAUUUAGAUCAGGAGGAGACCGUUCUACAGAGACUGGAGGGGCUUGCGAAGAUGUCUCCAGAACAUGUGGCAGCAUCUGACUGGAACAGCUUUGUGAAGUCGGGGCUAAAAUAUCGUUACACACACCAUGCCCUGCUGAGUACAUUAACCAGCAUAGUGGACCUGCUGUACGGUGACCCUGACCCCCCUAAAGCCCUGCUGCCUCUGGCCACCAUCCACAUGAUGUCCAGCAGCCACUCCCUCUUCCUGCCCGCCAUGCUGGGCACGGAGGAUGAUCCGUGCAGUAGCGCUCAGACUAAAGAGGCUCUCAUCUCUCUCUCGCUCGCGCUGGUGAAGAGGUGCCCGUCGCUGUGUGAGAUGCGGCAUUUUGUGGUGCUGCUGGGGGCCUAUGGAGCCACGCUGAGCACGGCAGAUCAGAAGCUGCUGCUCCUUCUUCAAGAAUAUGAGAAGAAUGACUUCAGUCUCGUAGAGUUCCAGUCUCUGCUGUGGGGCUCUGCAGCCGUGGAGCACCAUAAGACCCGUAAGAGCAUGGGGCCGUCCCUGUGGCAGCAGCCCAGCUCAGAGGAACUGCUGGCGCUGCUCAACCCCGCCAGGAUGCUUCGAACCGUCAGUCACUUCCCCCAGCAGCGCCGCAUCCUCCCACAGGAUGGGAAGGAGCUGAUCUAUAAAGGAGAAGGAGAACUGGACCUGGCUGACCUGUAUGACCCCUGCUUCCUGUUGCCUCUCUUUAGUGCCAUGUUGCGGCCAGAGUCUGUAAUUGACUGCCUGAAGUUUGUGUCCAGCGAUGCCUUCGGGGUGGCUGUCGCCGCCCUGAGCAGCUAUGACCCCAAGCUGAGGGCGGCUGCCUACCAGGUGCUGGGCUCCUUCUAUCAGCAUCUGGAGGGAGCUCGCUUCAAAGAGAAGAGACAGCUUCUGUAUUUGCUGGACACAGUGAAGAAUGGGAUCAAGCAGCAGAACCUCCGAGUGCCUUUCGUGAUGACCACAUAUGUGGCCAAAGUGGCCCAGCAGAUGCUCAGACCUGAGGAACACAUGUAUAUGGUUGUCAACAAGUUCCUCCUGGGACACCAGUAUCUGGACUUUAAGCGUGUCCCUGAAUUCUUCAAACUCUUCUACAGCUUUGAUUUAGAGCACAAAGUGGAACGGGAGUGGAUGUUGAGCGUGCUGGAGGAGGGCGUGACGGACAGACACUGCUACGAGCUGUGUGACCAGCAGGGCCUCUACUUCACCUUAUUGGGCUUCUGCAGCAGUCCGCUGUGUGAGGAGUCCACUCAGAUUCUGAUUAUAAAUGUCCUGAGGAAAACUGCCCAUGUAACCAAAGGAGCCUAUAAUCUCACCAAGGCUCAUGGCCUUUUGAUGUGGCUGCUGCAGUUGCUGGAGAGGAGGUUUGUGGAUCCCAGGCUACUGAGUGCUAUUGUGGACCUGGCACACACGCUAUGGUUCACUAAUUUGGGCCAAAAAGAAAGCAGGGCAGAGCAGAUAAGUUCUGCAGCAGAAGAUAAAGACAAACCUCAACCUGCUGUCAAGUGCCUUCCCCUACCACUGAUAAACGAGUUCCUCUGUCUGCUCUUGGGUGUCAUCAAACACCUCAAGACUGCAGGUGUGAAGGCCCCUCAGCUGAAACCUUUCCUACAGACUCUAUCCUCUGUUCUGAUGCAUCGUGGGAUAGCUCUGGGAGUUCAUUCCGACGCGGGCUGGCUUACUCUGAAACCCCCACUUCUCUCCAGCUCGGAUGUCCUCUCCCUGCUCCAUCGCUGGGGAACGUUAGCACAUGACACCGCUCUGCUCGCUUCCCUGCAAGGCCUGGCCACCACCUGCCAACUCAAAGACCUUCUUGGUGCUGGGAGAGAAAGAGGCCGAGCCAAAGGCUCCACGUAUCAGCAGGCUUUGCGCUCUCGUGGGGAAGAGCAGGCGGAGGCAGACGGAGAGUCUGAGAAGCGCGAUCAGAGCCUCCUGGACGAGUGCAAACCCCACUUGAGGCACAUCUUCACACACUGGGAGCCUGAGACUCAGGCUGUACCCUCUACUUCCCCAAAAACCAACCCUGAAGUGCCAGAAACUGACAGCAUUGACCCUGUCUGCAAGUCUCGCGCAACGGCCAGUCUGCUCAUCAAAUGGACGCUGCAGACUUUAGCUUUAGCACCAUAUGAUGGUAGUAGUGUGCUGAGCUUCUUGAAAUGGGUGCGUAUAGUGGUGUUGCCCCACAAAGGCAUAAUCGAUGCUCUGAUGGCUGACGUAGCCAUAAAAAUGGCCUUCCUCAGGCUGUACCACCAGGUCUGUGAGUGUGGAGAUCCAGCGCAGGGCUCCAGCCGAGCAGACACUCUCAGCCUCUUCACCAGCAUCAUGCUUCCGCUGCUGGAGUCACAAGGUGUUCCCCUGGGACCUCUGCAUCAGACAGUUGUCACUGCCUGUCUACCGACGUCCACAGAUGACCAUACAGGAAGGGAGGCUGGACUGCUGCUGCUAUCUCUGUACGUCCAUGAGCUGUGGAGCGGGGUAGAGUCUGCUGAGCUCUUUCUGACACAUGUCAGACUGGUGAUGUCGGACCACGGAAAAGUAAAGGAGUCCAAAUCGGCAGUAGUGGACAUCUGCAGAGAAAUCCUCACAACCCUGGACUCAAGCAUGUCAACAUGAUGCAUUUGUUUUGAAUGUACAUAAAAAACAUGUUCAACUUCUGUAUUUUUAUUUUGUAUUCUGAACAAGCAUGUACUGUAUUUCUUUACAUAAAGGUAUGAUGAUUACUGUUUGCCUUCUGUGUGUGAUCUGACGUAUUACCUCACCGAGAAGAAUUAUAUUAACACCUUUUCUACACAUUG